AUGCCUCUUACCGCGGUGCGCGUCAUCAGCGGCGUCUUCGGCGGGCAGGAGGAGCGUGGCGAAGGCGAGCGGCUGGCUGACCGUGUUGUGAAGGCGUUUCCCGGUGUGAAGGUCAUACCGCCAACACUCACCGAUGCAAUGCCACUCGUGGAGCGUCUUGCCGGCGUAGACAACGGCUUCCUGUGGGUUGACUGCGGCUACAACAGCAGUGAUGAGGGCACCAUGCUCACUGCGCCGGCUCACCGCCACAGCGUGAACAGCUACCUUGGCAGCGACGCACUGGGAUGGUACUGCAGCGGCUUUAUACCUGCACUUGUACGCCUGCUCCUGCUGCGCGAGGAGACAGGCGCUGCUGCCGCAAUGCCGGAUGCGGUGCGGCUGCAGUGGUUCGCUGUGCGCUCCUUCGACGCCAAAGUUGUGGACUUAGUUGACCCUUUCGUCCCCAGCAGCACUGGGCGCAGCGCACCACAUCGCCCACGCGAAGAUGCCUCCUCCUCUUCUUCCCCCUCCUCCUUUUCUUUAUCGUCGGCGUCGUCGCUGAGGCAUUUGGUGCUUCGUGACGUGCGCGGGUUUCUGGAGCACGUGGAGCGCGUGGCGGCGACACCGUCCUUCAGCCGAGCGCGCGAGCGCCUCUCGCAUGUCUUCUGGCUCACGUGGCGGGGCGUGUCGUGCGUUACGUGUGUCCUGCAUGAGGCGCACACCAGUGGGUUCGCGCGCGUUCUCGACCCCUCUGUCGACCUUCGCGGGCAGCAGGACUACCCGCUGUCCUUCCUGCGUACCAUGCAGGCCGUCAAGGUCGGCUUGUCACUCAACACGAGCGUCUUCCGUGCGUCACGCGUGCUGCCAGAGACCGCGCCGCUAUCGUGCUGGUGUGUGCGCAUCGGCAGCCACCAGUGGGAGGAUCCACUCGGCGUUCUUCCGUUGCUGCAGCGGCUACAAGGCACACCGAAUGGCGGCGAGGCGCUGUCCACGUCGUCGUCGAGUCGCGGCCUCUCGUGUGGUUCCACACAUGAACAGAUAGGGCGGGCGAAACGGCAGAUGUCGAGUCGUGGCAGCACCGUUCGCCGCAUUAUGUCUGUCGAAGCUGCAAUAGGAGAGCAAGACACCGAUGCGGCGGCAGCGGCGUCACGCUGCCUGGCUGUCACACAUACUCGAGAGGUAUUGGUGCUGGAGAAGGAGCGAUUGCAGCACAUGGAGACGGAGGCACGGGAGGCUAAGGAGCGUCGCGUGCUGCUGCAGCACGAGACGGAUGCACUUCGACAGGAGACAUCUGCGCUGCGCGCGCACAUCGACUCGCUGCGUCGCAUCGCGGGGGCAGACAAGAAUGUUCACCAUUGCGCUGUCAGUGGCACUAGUUGGGUAGAACAGCAGCAGCAGCAGCAGUACACUCCACAUCGUGUAGCGGCGCACUACGGGGACGUGGAGGAGCAGUUGCAGCGCCGCCACCAGGCACAGCUGGCGAAGGUAAUCGAGCAGCAGGACAUGGCGCAGGCGCAGCUCAAGCGAUUCAGCGCGGAUCAGGCGGAAAAGCGUCGCGUCGAAGAAGAGAUUGCGCAGGAGGAGCUGCAACGGCUUCAGGAUGACGCUGAUGCUGCCGAGGCUGAGAUACUGCGCCUCCAGCAACACGAGAUGAAGCUUUCUAUGCAACAACGCCUCCAAACAAGCAGUGUCACGUUAACACAGGAGCUGGAUUCGCUACAAGGCAGCGCGGAUGAUGUGGCGAACACGUCACAGCUACUGCUUCUGAAUAGGUCCCGCGAGAUGAGGCGUGUUGAGGCUGAGGUGCAGCUGCUGCAGGACGAGGUGGAUGCCACACGCAAGUGGGUGCUCCGUAUGUCGGACGCGGGAGAAGAAAAAGAGUUGCAGGUCAUGCCGACCUCGCAACACCAGAAGCAGCAACGUUGGCUGCGAAGCGCAGCGUGGCGAACCUUGCAAUGGCGUGAGGCGCUUGGACGCGUGCAACUUGAGGAUGAAUGGCUAGCUGCCCUCCUGGCGUGCUGGAGAUGGCGCAUGCUGGAGUGCUGCGCGCUCACCUCCGCUUCGGCCCCCUCACCACUAAAGACGGCGCUUCGCAAGGCCAACGAGGACUACGCGGCGCUGCAGCAGGAAUGGGAGCAGGAGCAGCGGCUGCAGACGAUUCGUCACCGCCGCGUGGAGGAGGCAGUCGAGGACGCGAAGCGGCACAACGCGGACGUGCAGCGGGAGCUGAGAGAACUGCGGGCGCGGUGCAGCGCAUCCACACGCGAGCAGCAGCGCACCGUCGCGGAGAUGCGCGCGGCAACACAGCGGGCGCUGCAACGCAUUGCAGCCGUCGUGGAGUGGCUCACACGCGAAGAAAACGAGGUGCGCAACAACAACAGCGGAAGCGGGUCAUAUGCCGGUGUGCGUCGGGCGGUGCACGCUGCGCUGCGCGUGGGGUGUCAUCUUGGCCCACGAACCACUCGGCAGAAGACACUUGCAGAGUCGCACGGCGGCAGUCGCGCGCAGGAUGGCUGGUCGGAGGAGUUGACACCGGCGUCGCUCUUGCUGGUGCAGCAGGCGUGCGAUGGUUAUCUGCGUCUCUGCGAGGGCUUAGAGCAACGGCAGAAACUGCGAGGGGAAGUGGACCGCGUGUCGGAGUCGUGUGGCUUGAUGGAGGCGGCGCUGACAAGGACACGACAGCGCAUGCUGCAGGAGCAGCAGACGGUGCGCCAGCUUGCUGCUGUCGCUGCCAAGCUGGAGGAGCUAGAGAGGAACUAG